AUGGCAGAUGGUCUCGCAUCCAAGUCGAAGAGAGAACCGAUGGGAAGACGGGUUUUUAAGCUGUGCUUUGCGCUGGUAAUUGCCUUGGUGACAUCAAGCCUUGUCUUCACCAUCAACAUGACGACUGGGGCAUUUGCGGUCGGCUCAAUCGGAGGACAACUGCAAGAUUCCAUUGGCAAUCGGAUAGAGACGUAUAUGAUCGGCAAAAUGGAGCCGUUGCGAAUCUAUUUGCAGCAAGGUGUCAACAUGAUUGACGAGUUCAAGUGGAAUCUGAGUCAGUGGGAUGACCUGCAAAAGACGAUUCCAUAUCAGCGGGCAUUCUUAGAAACUUAUUUCGACGAGUCGCGAUGUUGCUCUGGACUGUGGACGAACCUUCAAUACGAUGAUGUCGUGAAGUGCCAUUCGAUCGAGAAUCCGGAGUGUGUUGGAACGGCAACCGGCUCAAUGGAGUCGGAGAUCGCCCGUGAAGACUUAGGUGGGGAGGCUCUCUGGGCAGGUGUGGUGCAGUAUUCGGACACUUACACCACGGGCAACUAUCCUGGCUUGGAGGUUUGCAAUGGCACUUGCUUCAACGAGCACAGUGGAGACUUCGUGCAAGUCUUGCCCGCAAGGGUUUCUGGCGCCCGCAACAACACUCUGACUUUCCGGUGGUAUGAGAAGAAGCGCUCCCUAUCGCCAUGGCUCGGUGAUGAGUCCAUCAGGUCCUGUCCAGAGGGAUCUGCGUCGGGAUGCAGGUCGCGAGACAGUGCCGGGAAUUGGGUGCAGCCCAUCGGCUUCGUCCAUUGGCCGAUCCAGGAUGGCUAUUGGUACAGGGACAUCCGCUACUACAACCUUUCCAAGGGCGAGGUUCGCUUUGCGACGCGGGUCUUUCCCUGGACCUUGUACCCUCCCGCAGUCCUUAAGUCCCAUAUGUUCACGCCCCUCUUCAGCCCCGACGGUGUCCUGAUUGGUGGUUGGGUUGUGGGCUUCAAGUUGCACUGGAUCACUUCCUAUCUGCGGGACUUGGACAAGCCCGAGGGGACGUUUAUCUUCAUUGUCGAGCGAAAGACGGGGGUGCUGAUAUCUGCAUCAGAUCCACAUGUCCCAGUCUUGAAGGACUAUACGACGAGUGCCGGCAUCCAGGACGUCAUCCUUGCAACAGAGUGUCCUGACCGUCGGGUCUCAGAAAUCGCCAAGAAGCUGCUGGACAUGGCAGGUGGAGUUCCGGAGGACUGGAGCCGCGUGAGAAACUUGAUCGGCAGGCCUGAAAUUAAGACGACAGGCGUCGAGCCAGUGGAAGAGUUCGUUCUUACCCGCGACUUUGAGCACCAAGGCCUGGAUUGGGUGGUGGUCAUCGCGAUUCCGGGGGAGACGAUUUUGAAGGACAUCAACGCAAAUAUGCUCGUCCGACUGGUGGCCAUCCUCGGUGCAACUGGCGGAAUGAAGAUCUUCUCUUCGGUGGUGCUCACGGGUUUCUUGGCGCUUUCUGCCAAAUUGUGGGGAGGCUACGGCGGCGAGGUUGGAGGAGAUGCCGCCGGGGCGGAUGGGAACGAUGUCAUCGAUGCCGUGGACGCUCUACGUGUGUGA